AUGAUCACUUUGAGACCGUCUACUUCUGCCUUCCGGCAGGCAUACUCCGGGUGCGUCUCUCGGGUUCGGGUCCCGGUUUCGGCAUCGGGUCCGGCGUCCGGGAGUUUUCUCGCGGCCCGCGUGCAAGCCUCGUCCCCAUUUUCGACAGUUUCACUCGCAUACGACCUGCAUGAGCCAGCAAAGCCCGUGGCCGACAAGCAAACAUCGCCAAUCAUUUUUAUGCACGGCUUGUUCGGGUCCAAGAAGAACAACCGGACCGUAAGCCGACAUGUCUACGCUGUGGAUCUGCGCAACCACGGCGAUUCGCCUCAUGAUCCCCGCCAUGAUUACCCCGCCAUGGCCGCCGAUGUGGCCGACUUCAUCCGACAACACGGCCUCAAAGAGCCGACCCUGAUCGGCCACUCGAUGGGCGCAAAAACCGCCAUGACCCUCGCCCUGCACUCGCCCGACCUCGUCGCCAACCUCAUCGCCGUCGACAACGCCCCCGUGGACGCCCGCCUGGGGUCCGACUUCGGGUGGUACAUCCAAGGGAUGAAGAAGAUCGACGAGGCCCAGGUAACGCGACAAGCCGAAGCGGACGCGAUUUUGGCGCCCUACGAGCCCUCCAUCGCGAUCCGGCAGUUCCUACUGGGCAACCUGCACCGGCCGUCGCCGGCGACGAGCCAGACGCAGCAGUUCCGCGUGCCGCUGUCCAUCCUGGCGCGCGCGCUCGACCACCUCGGCGACUUCCCCUUCAAGCGCCCCGGCGAGGUGCGCUUCGAGAAGCCCGCGCUCUUCGUCCGCGGCACCCAGAGCAAGUACGUGCCCGACGAGGUGAUCCCGCUGAUCGGGCAGUUCUUCCCCCUGUUUGAGCUGGUCGAUGUGGAGGCGGGGCAUUGGGUGAUUUCGGAGAAGCCCGAGGCUUUUAAAGAUGCCGUGGUACGGUUCCUGGAGCCCAAGGAGUAA